AUGUUACUCACACUCAAACCGCCCGCUCAGAACGGAAUCAAAGGUCCUCAUGAAUACUCCGUCAUUCGACAGUCUGUCCCGGCUUCCCGAUCCUCUUCUACUCCUGUCACGGCCGCCUCUCCUUCGACCACAGCCUCUGCGAAACCAUCCCCAGAGCGGCCGAUGGACAACUCCCGUAGAGGUCUUCCUCCCCCGCCGGCCAUGAGUCUCGCUCCCGAGCCCAGUCUACCCGCCGUCAGUCAGCUUCCCCCUCCCCCGCCGCAAUGGCACAAUUCGGACGAAUCCAUGCGGCAAUGGCUGCAGGCAAAGGCCGAGGAGGACCGGAGACGGCAAGAAGAAGAGCGAACGCGCCAAGAGAGCCUCAGGCUAGAACAACGAAGGAUUGAGCAGAGCAUGCUCCGCGACUCGUUGCAGGCGGGCGUCCCGCCGCAUAUGGUGCCAUUGAUCUUCGUCGGACUGGGUGCAGGAAAUCUGCCUCGCGCGACCGUGGACGCCAUCCAACAACUCGUCGACCAGACCAGUACCCAAAGUCAGCCGCCGCAACACCAACGUCCCCCGCCGCCUCCCCCGCCGCCGCCAUCGUCGUCCCAAGCGCCGCCGCCUCCAUCCCAUGCAUUACCACCGGAAGUGCGACGGGACAGUCGGGGCAUCCCACCGAAUCCAUACGGAGCACAGGCAGGGGCUCCCCUUCCGGCACCGCCUCCUCCUCCGCAGGGCGUGCCACCGUCGCCCACGCAGCAGCCGUAUGGUCAGAGUCAGCAACCCCUAUUGCAUCCGCAGCCUGCUGAUCCGCGCGCCCCUCUCUCAACCCUAUCGCGCAUCAAUACGGCGGAAAUACACAUCCAACCUCCUCCUCCGAAUGUAGGCGCAGGACAGUAUCAACCGGGUGCGGCUGCACCGCCGCCACCUGCGGCACCCGUUAAAUCGGAAACGCAGCAGCAACAGUCUCCUUCCAUCUAUUUCCACCACUGGGUUCCGCCAGGCCAGUCACAGCCUACGACGCCGUCCGGGAGAGGACAGCAGGAAUCCACACCUUCCUCGCAGUCUCAUCUCCGGUCGGAAUUCCAGAGCUCCCCUGGGAGGAAACGCAAGGCUCAGGGCUCUCAUCCGCCCCCUCCUCCACCGUCGUCACAGCCUACCGAACCAUCCCAGUCACCGCGACAUGCGACCCCGGCGCGGCGCGGACCCGGCCAAGGACAUCUCCGUCAGCAGAGUGACACGAGUCAUGAGCCCCGUUAUCAAGAGUUUCAGGGGUCUGAGCAGGAGAGUGCACAUCGGCAAGCCCGAUCGGGUCAGUCCAUCAUUAAUCCAGCACCUCCUCCCUCCGAGAGAGAUCCGAUCAGGAGGAGCAGUGGCUCAGGUCCCGAGACUCAACCAGUUAGUGACGGGAGGGAACAGCAUCCCGUGUCGGCGCCCAGCGCUCCACAGAGCCGCUAUGGGGAGCCCCAAACCUCCCAACCUGGUGGGUACGGCGGCUAUCCUUCCCACGAUAGCAGUCGCCGAUAA